CGGGGCGCAGGGGGCGGGGCGAGUCGGGGCGGUCAGCUGACCGGGAGCGGGGCAGGAGCGGGGCCAUGACCACGGCGCUGACCCAGGGGCUGGAGCGGAUCCCGGACCAGUUGGGCUACCUGGUGAUCAGCGACGGGGCCGUGCUGGCGUCGGCCGGUGACCUGGAGAACGACGAGCAGACGGCGGCGGUGCUCUCGGAGCUGGUGGCCACGGCCUGCGGGCUGCGGCUGCCGCGCGGUCACGACCCCCCCUUCAAGCGCCUCUCGGUGGUGUUCGGGGAACACUCCCUGCUCGUCACCGUCUCCGGGCAGAAGCUCUUCGUGGUGAAGCGCCAGAACCACGUCCAGGAGCCCGUCGCCGUGUGAGCCGCCUCCCCACUGUCCCCAGGGGCGGGGGACAGUCCCCCUGCCGUCACCGGGGCCUCGGGGGAGCUGUCCCCCACGUCCCCGGGGCCCCGCGGUGACACCCGCUCGCGUCACUCGUCCCCGAGACCUUCCCAGGUGGACGGUCUCCAACCUCUCUGCUGUCCCCAGGGCCCCACGGCAUCCCCCAGCCAUGUCCCUGCUGUCCCCAGGGCCCGUGGUGACACCCACUCAUGUCCCUGCUGUCCCCCCCAGCCCUGCGGUGACACCCACUUGCUUCCAAACCGACCCCAGCAGACCGGGUCCCCGUGUCCCUGCUGUCCCCAAGGUGUCGCGGUGUCCCCUGCACGUCCCAGCACCCUGCGGCGUCACCCUCCAACUGAUGUCCCUCCACUGAGACAAUAAAUGGUGUCCUGGUCCCCCCCCC